AUGAACGAAAAAGAAUGUGUUUCAUUUUAUAAUAUAAAAGACAAAAGAUCGACAGCUGUGAUCGGCCAUAGUCUUAAUAGAGGAGGUCGGGAAGGUACAUAUGUAAUGAUUUAAUUAGGACUAAAAAAAUUUUUGUACAGAUGUAAAAUAGCCCUACCCUAUUUUUUCUUUGCUGAUCCUUUAAUAUUAAUCUGUUUUUAAUUUUUUGAAAAAGGAUGUAUAGAAAGAUUGAAACCUCAUUCGACACUGACCAAGAUAUUUUGUGCAGCUAUUGCCAGUCUUGGUUUUAUUUGGAUGUCUAUUAAUAAUAAAGUAACAUGUUGCAUUGAAGAAUCUGAUGAUGACGAGAAUACUGAUAGUGAUACAACUAAAGGGAGAAGGAACCAAGCACAUGCAGUAAGAAAUAAGAUUAUAAAGUUUUCCAAGAAAUCUACGUCUGAAAAUGUCCUCGAGUCACUGCAAACUUGCCAUUGGCAAGACAACCUCCAAGUCUUACAGGAAAAAAUGAUUUUGUUAAAUAAUCCAAGGAGAAAAGAAAUAAUUCGUGGACUUCAAGCUGUUUUGCAAGAGAUGCUCAUAGAAGAACCCUUUGAUGGACCAAAUCCGCGAAUAGUUGGCUUCAUCCCAUUUGAUGAGGGUUUUGAAAUGUACAUGGGAUUUCAGUCAGUUCAAAAUUUAUCAGAACAAGCACGCUACGAUUUUCAGUGCGCGGUUCUUCACCCUAAGACAGGUUUAUGCGCAAACAUUGUGAAAUUUCCCAGCUCUGGAAAAAAAGUAAUCGUUUUACGCUCAGACAAAAGUCUUGAUUUUUCAAGAUUCUUUGACUUCCUUGCUCUAAACAUGACAACUAGCAGCAAAGAAGAAUUUUCAAAAAGCGGAGGUUGA